UUUUUGGAACUUACAGAUGAUUUAUAAUGCGCAGUUUGAUCAGCCUUCUGCAACCACCGCAAGUCGACGGACGGAAAAUUAACGCCACCACCAUGCAUAUGACCUUCUAUUGGGGACGGAACGUCACUUUGCUCAUCGAUUCAUGGAACACACACUCAUGGUUCACUUACUUCCUCACCUUAAUCGUCUGCUUCCUCUUCUCCGCCUUUUACCAGUUCAUGGAAGAUCGCCGCCUCAGAUUCAAGCUCCUUUCGUCCUCAAUCACCGCCGAGAAUGCUCCUUUCCUUUACAAUAAGCUUUUCUCCGGCGGUAGCCGAGCUAGGUUCGUCGGAUCUGUGAUAUUCGGGAUAAACGCGGUGAUGAACUACUUGCUGAUGCUUGCGGUGAUGUCGUUUAACGGCGGUGUUUUUAUGGUGAUCGUCGUUGGACUGGCCGUCGGAUACCUGCUGUUUAGGAGCACGGAUGAUGAGCAAAUCAUGGUGAUUGAUGAUCCUUGCGCUUGUGGUUGAUCUGCACCCACAUACAACCAAUUAGGGAUUUGAGUUCUGCAUUUUGCUUCGAUUGGUCGCCUUUUUGUAUUUAUGUAUGCAUGGCAUGUACACCCUUUUUUAUUUAUUUACGGUUUGAGAAGAUAUACCUAUUUAAGAAAA